AUUUUUAGUUUUUUUUUUUUUUUUCAAAUUUUUUUUUUUUUUUUUUUUAAAGUGUACAUAUAAACAUGGCGGACGAUACGCUUGAUGUUCGAUCUGAAUAUUUGAAAAGACUAAAAAGCAUUUUAAGCGACUCCUUCUACAAAGAUGCCAUGGAACACGCUGCCAGCUAUAACACAAGGUUAUGCCUGGAGAGGAAAAUGCGACUUCCCUUCCUCGAUCAACAGACUGGGGUUGCCCAAAGCGACUGUGCACUCUGGAUGCACAAAUGGCAGCGCAUGCCAGGAAAAACAGAAGGCCAGCUAUACUCCUACCCUGCUCGUAGAUGGAAGAAAAAAAGACGCCAAUACCUCAUGAAUAACUUUUACCUCACUCGCCGGCUGAAAGAAGUUGAAAAUAAUGAAUCAGCUGAGAAUCAUCAGACCACAAAUGAAAACUCUGUAACCGGUACUACUCAGGAAGCUGAUCCAGCUGAAAAAGUCACUGAAGAUUCAAAAGAUUCGUGGUACAAGGAUUUCGAAGAAACGACUACGGAGCAUUUUGAUAUGGGAGAAGUUGAAGACCCUGAUACAGAUGUUGAAGAUUAUGAAGAAACCUAUAUCCGAAAAAAGAAAAAGAAAAUAAGAAGUAGUAGAGGAAGAAAGAGAGCUGAUCGUUAUGACUACACUGAUUUAGAAAAGCCAUACGUUUGUGAAAUUUGUGGGGCUCGUUACAAGACUAGGCCUGGUUUGUCCUAUCAUUACAGCCACGGUCACAAUAACGAUUCCACAGAUAACACUGAGGAAGAAACAAACUACACACCACCAAAACCAGUGGCGCAACCACCACCACCUGCGCCACCAGCCCCACCACCACCACCUUGUGCUGCACCCCCUCCUCAGGUUUUGCAACCAACACUCCCUUCUUGGCCUGGUCCUUCAAGCGAAGAUGGCCCCUUGACUCCAAGACCCACUUCAGAGAAAGGGGGUACAUUGCCAAGCACAUAUUGUGACUUUUGUCUUGGGGAUAGCAUCGAAAAUAAAAAGACAAGGAUGCCUGAAGAGUUAGUUUCUUGUUCAGAUUGUGGACGUUCAGCUCAUCCCACAUGCUUGCAGUUCACACCCAAUAUGACAGCUUCUGUUAAAAAAUAUCGGUGGCAAUGCAUUGAGUGCAAAUCCUGUGGUAUUUGUGGGACAUCUGAUAAUGAUGAUCAAUUGUUGUUUUGCGAUGAUUGUGAUCGUGGUUACCACAUGUAUUGUUUAACCCCUCCUUUGUCCGAACCACCUGAAGGAUCGUGGAGUUGCCAUUUAUGCAUUGAAGAAUAUGGCCGAAAAUAAGUCGAAUUUCUUUGAAAUUUAAAGAGUUUCUCCAUUUUCUGAAAAGCUACAGCUUUGAAGAGAAGAUUGAUUCAGUGUUAUUAUUUGUCGUUAUUAUUCUUUGAUCAUUUUUCAUCUAUAAGUUUGGACCUGGUUUUAUUGUUUGAAAGAUAUGCUUUAUUAUCAGCCGUGAUUUUAUUGAUUCAUUUUGAAUAGUGAAACGAUUUUUUUAGUUUCACAAUUAAAGUUGUCUCACUUACUGUUAUAACCUAUCUUUAUAUAAUAGUGCAUUCAAAAAUCAUGCGCUGUUAUGCAUUGAUAAGUUGUCUUGCAGAAUUUAAAUAUUAUUUGAUAUUAAAUUUGAAGAAGUCAUCCCUUGAAGUGGUAUCUCAAUCUUUUUUAUAAGACACUUUUCGCCUUUAAUUGUUUCUAUGCAUA